CUAAGUGAAGGGUGUGAGUGCGUGCGUGUGAGUGUGCGUGCGUGCGUGUGAAUGUGCUCUCCUAGAAUAGAAAGGGAGAAGAGAGAAGAGAGGCGGGAUCGGAUUUGUGCCUUGUUGGAAAUCCAGGGGUGAAGCAGAUAGACCGUCUGGAGCGGAUCGAUCAGCAGCGCGCGCUCCCUUCGUGGAUCUGAUGGAUGUUUGAUCAGUGGAUGUGAUGCCCAUUUAUAUCAUCGACCGAAAAUUUCCCGACACAUCUGGUCAGUUGUUACAGCCGAUAGCUGAAGGAGGAGACCUGAGAAUGACAGAGACCAUCCCCCCCAAUUCGGCUAAGAAGCCACGCUGGACCUCCCUGGAGAUCGGGCUCACCACCAUCGUCUCCUUGCUCUUCAUCGUCAUCGUUGCCCUCAUCAUCCUGUUUGCCACACAGAAGACGGAUGAAAUCUGCACCACCGCCGACUGCACGCAGUCAGCCUCCCGUCUCAUCGAGAACAUGGACGCCACCGUGGACCCUUGUGACAACUUCUACCAGUACGCCUGCGGAGGCUGGCUCAAGAAGAACAUCAUCCCGGAGACCAGCUCGAGAUACAGCACCUUCGACAUCUUACGAGACGAGCUGGAGGUCAUCCUCAAAGGUGUCCUUGAAAAAACAGUGGAAGGGGAAGCCGUCGCUCUCGUCAAGGCAAAGACUCUUUACAAGUCCUGCACUAAUGAGAGUUUGAUUGAGCUCAGAGGAGGCAGCCCAUUGCUCGACAUGCUGCCUGAUGUGUUUGAGUGGCCCAUGGCUGUGGACAACUGGGAAACCAACCACGGUAAAACAUGGCGGAUGGAAGACGUCAUCGCCAAGCUGAACGAGAAAUACGGAACUCAACUCUUGGUUAACUUUUUCGUCGGCACCGAUGACAGGGACUCCAGUUCCCACAUCAUUCAUUUCGACCAGCAGACAAGUCUUGGGCUCUUGUCCAGAGAUUACUACACCUGUACGGGACCCUAUGCGGAGCCAUGUCGGGCCUAUGAGCAGUUCAUGAUUGACCUGGUGAAGCUGAUCCGCACCGACCGGCAUCUCGCCAUCAACGAAACCAGCAUCAGAGAGGAGGUGACGCGGAUCAUAGACCUGGAGAGAGACAUCGCAAACUCGACUGAUUCUCCAGAGGACCGGAACAACCCAGUGUUGCUGUACAACAAGAUGAACCUGGGCGAUCUCAAUGCCAACUUCACCCUUGAGGUUGAUUCACAGGUAUUUGACUGGAGUUACUUCACGGCUAAGCUAAUGGACACGGUCAACAUCAGCGUUUCUGAUACCGAGAAGAUCAUAAACUACUCACCAAACUAUUACAGAAGACUCAACCUUGUCUUGGCCAGAUACAACAAGAGGGACCUUCAGAACUACAUGGUGUGGCGCUUCGCUAUGAACAUGGUGGUGGGCCUGAGCAGAAGUUACAGGGACACAAGGAAAGCCUUCCGCAAGGCUCUGUCUGGCACGACGUCAGAGGCAGCCGUGUGGCGACAGUGUGCACUCUACGUCAACAACAACAUGGACAACGCUGUCGGACGCCUUUAUGUGCAAGAGGCUUUCUCCGAAAAGAGCAAAGAACUGAUGGAAGAGAUGAUCAAAGACAUUCGGGAAGUGUUCAUCAGUAACCUCGAUGACCUGACCUGGAUGGAUGCAGAGACUAAGAAAGCAGCGGAGGAGAAGGCCCGAGCCAUUCGGGAGCGGAUCGGCUACUCCGACAACAUCAUGGAUGACAAAUACCUGAACAAUGAGUACAAAGAUCUGAGCUACAACGCAGAGGAGUACUUUGAAAACAUCCUGCAGAACCUGGAGUAUGUGCAGAAGAAGCGCCUGCGGAAACUCCGAGUCAAAGUCAACAAAGAGGAGUGGGUCACCGGGGCUGCUGUCGUCAACGCCUUCUACUCAUCCAGCAAAAACCAAAUCGUGUUCCCUGCAGGUAUCCUCCAGCCGCCUUUCUUCAGCAAAGGCCAGGCCAAGUCUCUCAACUACGGCGGCAUCGGCAUGGUAAUCGGUCAUGAGAUCACACAUGGCUUUGAUGACAAUGGCCGUAACUAUGAUAAGGACGGUGACCUGAAGGACUGGUGGACACCAGACUCCACUCAGAGGUUCCUGGAGCUGUCAAAGUGCAUUGUCGAUCAGUACGGCAACUUCUCUUGGGACCUGGCCAACGGACUUAAUUUAAAUGGUAACAACACCCUCGGGGAGAACAUUGCUGACAAUGGAGGGAUACGUCAGGCGUAUCAGGCCUACAAGAACUUUGUGAAUGUACACGGAGAGGAGCCAACACUACCCGGCAUUGACCUUUCCCACGAUCAACUCUUCUUCUUAAACUUUGCUCAGGUGUGGUGUGGGACACACAGACCAGAACAGGCUGUUAAUUCCAUCAAAGUCGAUGUACACAGUCCAGGGAAAUUCAGGGUACUGGGCUCUCUUCAGAACUUCCCGGAAUUUUCCAAAGCAUUCAGCUGCAACAAGAGCAGCCAAAUGGUCCCUGACAACAUCUGCCGUGUGUGGUGAUCCACAGACCUCUGGGAUGGGCACUGUUCUCAAAUGGGGUCUUCCCCAUCCACCCGACAGUACCUGUCCCCUCUGACUGCUGGAGCACUUGUGUGUGGGGCUAGAGGGAAGUGGCAGCUCCCCUGCUCUCUUUACUGGAUGGACCAGGGCUGGUGGACUGACACUGCAGAAUGCACUUCCUCCAAGGAGAGCAGCGGACUGAACCCUCACGGACAACCGUCUCUCCGACUCCGAUACUGUAGUUCAUUCAAUCAGCCUAAUUACUCUGCUUCUCACUGGAUACACUCACUCCUUGUGUUUUUACUUUUCUUUCUCCAUUUUCAUCUGGUGUUACUACUAAUCAUUUUUGAGGUCUGACCAUGUUGAUAUGGGUGUGUUUGUAUGUGUGUGUGAGCGUGUGAGAGAGUGUGUGUUUCAGUCAAAAUACUGUGCAAGUGGUUGGCAGGAGAGGGGCAGUGUGCUCAAUCCCACUGGCAUAUGAAUACGCUGCACACCCACUCACACUCAUACACAUGUAACAGGGCUGAACCACUGUACUGUAUGUGGGCCUGAGCUGUUUGCCUUUCAAAAAGCCUCAGCCGGUUUCAGCCUCCAUCUACACACACUGACACACAAUGCACUCGUAUUGUACUCGUUGUUAAUACAUCGAACCUGAUAAGGGAAAUUAUUUCAGAAAAUCUGAAUUGAUUUUGAUGAAUUAAUAGAUAGUAGUUACGCGUGAUCACGUAUUACACAAUAUUAUAAUGAUAUAUAUGAAUAUACAUUUAAUGAUAAUGACUCCUGUUCAUUCGCAGUACGUCAAAUACACCAAAAUGCAUUUUUUGCUGAUUACGAAUCAUUGAGCUGACAAUCGACAGACUUCAGACCCUUUCUAUAUGUUCAGUGAGCCUCCUUUGUGUUUCUGUAUGAAUGUAUGUAUCUAUGUAUUUUCCAGUAUUUGCAAGUCAUAAUGAUUGCUGCCUAUUGUUUGUUAAGCAAAUUGCUUUGCCUUACAUGGUCUGUGUGAGAGUCUCUUUGUAUCUGCAGGAAAACAACAGACGAUGUAUCAUUAAAAUAACGGUUUGUGUUUUUCACAAAUACACUUUCUAAGAGAAGACCUGUAUCAUGUUGUCCGUAUGCUACGGCCACCAGAAAUACACUUUCUAAGAGAAGACCUGUAUCAUGUUGUCCGUAUGCUACGGCCACCAGCCGGUUACCUUAACUUUGCAUGAAGACUGAACACAUCCAACCUGGCUGUGUUAUGCCUCUACGGCUUGUUAAGUAACACCUCAAAUCCUGUUUCUUUAAUCAGUACAAAUCAAAGUGUGAAAACACAUCCAUGGAAUCUCCUCUGGUCCCCUGGCAACCCAAUGAUGAUGACAAAGCUGCAGGAUUUUGAACCUCUUCACUUAAAUCUAUGUCUGGAUUAAAGAAACAAAUCAUAAUGUGCUAAUUAGUGAGUUUUAAAUAUUGUUUUCCUUUUUAACAUUUGGACAGACCCAGGCUAUCUGUUAACCAUUCUUUCAGUCGUCAUGCUUAGCGAAUGUAACCGACUUCUGGCUGUGGCUUUUCAAAAAAAAUCUUCUUCAAGUAAUGUCUGCUGCACACAGAUGCAACGUUUUUUGAAAUCCUUUAAUUGAGGGACCACACGCACACACUUGGCAAAUUCCAAGUGUUUUUUUCAGAGACUUAAGAACCCACAGAAUCUUGCGUGAUCGAACAUGACCUCAGGACAAAAACAAAGUUGGAGGCGGACUGCUGGCAAGUUUGUGUUGUGUGUUUCGGUUCUACGCCACCUCCAGUUGGUGACCCUUCCCAGUCAACUCACUCUCACUGGUUAUUGCAGGUUUCUGCUAACUCGCCCAGUCCUUUCAAACAACACGAGUCUCCCCAAUUUGGAAUCAGCUGAACUGGAAUCCAAACCCCACAGGUUAUCAUCUGUGCAGCGGGCAUUAGGGAACUUCUCCUUUCAGAAAUGGGUCGUGAUCUCUGAGUUUGAUCCUGGUUUGAAUCACAUGAGGUGCACACUCACCAUCGUUGUGUUCUGUGAUUCUUCGACGCACUGAUGGAAAAAAGUUAAUCGACACAGGACAAUAUGAUUAAGGUUCUUUGAAGGGAUGUUCUUAUUGCAUCUAUUUCAAACUUUCCAGAACAUUUGCUGGAAAUUAUGGAACUUUUGAAAACUCCAUGCAUUUUUCUGAAUGCAGAAGGUUAUAUGUAGUCAAUGGAGUCCAAUAUGGCUUUAUUUUCUACGCUGAAACGCAUCUGAGGCUGUGAUACAAGGUGUGGACAUUUUUGCCUAUUGCCUUUUUAUAUAGAGAUAAGUGCAAUGAAUGAUGUGCCCUGCUCAUGUGGACCACUUCUUCAGAUCAUACACCCACAGUCUCCACGUUCAGCCUUUAUACAUUGUUAUUUCCCCCCAUGUUUUUUUCUCAUCUUUGUUAUUGCAAGCUCUGUGCCGCUCUCUCAUUGUUCACCCCUCAAACUUUCUUUCUUUCUGCCUCUCUCUCCCUCUCUCUCUCACCCACCUGUAGAAAGACAGAUAUACCUCAGUUGCCUGUAUUUAGAUACUUUAUAAUAAUGACUGAUAAUCAUCUUGAGGAGCAUUUUUGUUUUUCUUUCAAAAUAAAUCUUUAAAUAACACCUUUUA